GAGUGUCAGCAGCUGAUAAGGCAACACACCAUAAAUUGAGAGAGCACAGGUAAGUGUAGGUUCUCAACAUUAAGAACAAGAGAACAAGAGAUUCGAAACAGAAAACAUGCAGUGACUAAAAGCUGCUUAGAAUACUAUGUCUAUUUGGAAGCUGAACCUUCUAACCCCACCUUGGGGGGAGCUGACUGUGGUAAUUCAGGUAUGAACAAAAGCUCUAAGAGCUUUGAGGUGUUGGGCCUGAAACAACCUGCGCAAAGAGCUUUUUCUACAGAAGAAUGGAGACACUCGAAUGCUUAUUACGGCAGGGGGAAUAUGAGAUGUUUCAGUGUUCCCCCAUGUUUGAAAGUGAUUUCUUCCAGGUCGAGAUCCUGUGGGACUUUCGGAUCCAAACAGACAGACAUCUGGCCCACAACAUGCCUGACAUCACUAUUGUGGAAAAGAAAAAAGUUUGGUUCAUUGAUAUUUCAAUACCAGAUCGAUAAGGAAGGUAACCCAAUUAAUGUCCACAAUAAGAAAAAAGUCAUUACACUUGGAGUGACUUCCACCAUUCCCACGCUACGGAUCCCUAACACCCUACUUCUGGCAAGCUCUAUUGUCUCAUCUGAAGAACAUAUUUCAAAAUCCACAUCCAUAUUCCAUCAACCCCUCCCAGGGAAAUUGGAACUGAAAAGGUUAUUCCCUUUGUGCUUGGUCAAUAUCUCAAUCCACAACUUGGAAAAGAAGCAGCUGCGACUUAAACUAGUGACUGGCCGCACCUACUACCUUCAGCUGUACCCUGCAUCACAUCAGCAACAAGACCUUUUUGUUUGCUGGAUCAAGCUUGUGCAAAUACUACGGCCAUCUUCAAAAAUAAAUUUCAACCAGCAGAAGCUGGAAAACAAAAAAUUGGAGAAGCAUGGUGCACCUCUAGUUCCAACUCCGAAACCUAAAAAAAUGCAUCUCUGUUUCGAAGCACAUAACUUUCUUGUACUAUUGGAAUCAGUUAAUUACUUCAGGAAUGUAUCUGAUUGGAACAAAGAUCUCAAGGCCAGCCAAAUUUGCAUAUCCAUACAAGUCAACUGCUCUUUAUCCUUUUCUCUCCCAUCAAGAACUGUAACAAAAUUUCAGAGCCUACCUCCUCAGAGGGAAUCUCAAUGCGCACCUGAAAAAAAGACAAAGAAUAAGAAGAGUAUUUGUCCUGUCAUUCAAAACCCCACUACUCAGGCAAAGGAAACCAAAAAAGAAAAUGAUCCAACUACUGUACGUUCUAAGAGCUCCCUCACUCCUGAAAUCAAACAACCACCUCUCAAAAUAGAGAAUGUUCAUGAGGCCUUCUAUCAAACAACCCCAGAGAACAAGAACAUUGCAAAAAAGUUAGAGAGGGAGAAAAUAGAGAAUCCUGGUGCUGGUGAUGAAACAGAAAACUUGGAUAUUAACAGGUACAGAAAACCAGUUAGGAAGAAUCUCUCCAGUCAAAGCAGGUCUGGACACAGAGGUGCUGCCCGAAAGCCAAGCAAGAUAGCAUCUCUCUUUAUAGGCUGCUUCAGGAGCCAGAGAAAGAAGAAACGAAGCAACAAAGGAAAAAGAUACCGGGCAGAGUAAAACAAGGAGUCUGAACACAUUAAAAGAGGCCCAGUGUUCAAGUCUGUCAAGAUCCCAUCUGGAUUUUCAGCCUAACCCUAUCUUCUGGAGUAUUGGCUAUUCCUGCCAGGUUGAUGUUGUCUGCAAAUUUGAUGAGUUCUCCAUGCAUCCCCAUAUCUAAAUCAUUGAUGAAGAUAUUGAGAGUACUGUAAAUAUAGAAAAACACCAAAAGAGAUACAACUCUAUAACUAUGGUCUGUGUUCAACUUAAAGAUUAAUAAGUUAAAUAAAAUGCUUAUGGAAAGUG